AUGGCUUUUGGAAAGCCUAUGGUAUGGGGGCAAGGCAGCAAGGAGAUGGUUAGAGUUGGUGAGAGUGCAGGAAGCAAGAAGAUAAGGGUGGUAGAAGUAGGGUUUGGUGGUGUGGAAGAGAUUGUUAAGAAGCAAUCAUCAUACAUGGCAAAGAGGCAGAGGGGACCUCUCAAUAAGCCGCAGCCGCAAGGUGGAGGCUUCCUCGAGCAAGCGUAUGACAGAUGCCGGCAGAUCUGCAAAGAGUAUGCUAAGACUUUUUAUCUAGGGACACUGCUGAUGACCCCGGAACGACGCAGAGCAAUCUGGGCCAUCUAUGUGUGGUGCAGGAGGACAGAUGAGCUGGUUGAUGGCCCGAAUGCGGACCACAUGAGCGUCAGGGUCCUAGAUAGGUGGGAAGAGAGGCUCCAAGACAUCUUCAGCGGCUGCCCUUAUGACAUGCUUGACGCUGCUCUUGCUGAUACUCUUUGUAAAUUCCCCGUAGAUAUCAAGCCAUUUGAAGAGAUGAUAGAAGGCAUGAGGAUGGAUUUGUGGAAGUGCAGAUACCAAAGCUUUGAAGAGCUGUACCUAUACUGCUACAGGGUGGCUGGAACGGUUGGACUGAUGAGUGUUCCGAUCAUGGGAAUUGCCCCUGACUCCCCAGCGUCCACUCGUGGCAUCUACGAUGCCGCUCUCUUUCUCGGAAUUGGAAAUCAGCUUGCCAACAUCCUUAGGGACGUCGGAGAGGAUGCACAACGAGGGAGAGUGUAUCUUCCUCAAGAUGAACUGGCGCAAUUCGGGCUAUCAGAUGCCGAUGUGAUGUCGAGAAAGGUAACAGAUGGUUGGAGGGCAUUCAUGAAGCAACAGAUCGCUAGGGCCAGGUUCUACUUUGACCAGGCCGAAAUAGGUGCCUCUCACUUGGACAAAGAUAGCCGAUGGCCGAUUUGGUCGUCAUUGAUGCUGUACAGUAAAAUCCUGGACGCCAUAGAGGAAAACGACUAUGACAACUUAACGAAGCGGGCAUACGUCGGAAGGGCAAAGAAGCUACUCACAUUACCUCUUGCUUACAUGAGAUCACUCGCAGUGCCAAGCUUGAAAAACACAAAAAAAAAAUGA